CUCCCGCCUUGCCAAUGUACUUGCAGGGUAGGCAGCGUGUGUAGCGGCUUGUAGAGUGGCAGGUGGUGCUUUGUGGACGAAGCAUGAGCUUCCUCGAAAUCCGGACUUCUUGCAUGGCGUGGGCAACGGUGGGGUAAUUAGGCCGAAGGCGCCCAAAUUUGUGAAAAGAGCCCCUCGCAGGGAAAACUCAUCAAGUGGGUAUUAAGGCAAUCGGUGGAGAUGCCUUGAGGCAUGAUAUUGUGUGGAGACAAGUUGGCUGUUGUUGGAGUGUGAACGCGAGUGGGAGAGAACAGGUGCUUGUGGGUUGCAUUCUCUUGAGCGAUUAGGUUUUUCGGCCGGAUUUUGUGGCGAAGGUGAAAUAGUGGCAUGGGAAGGGGAUGGAGAUGAUGCAAUCGGGUCUACGGAGAGGCGGACACGUAGAGUGUCGGGACAGAUUCUGGCCUUGAGAUCCUAUGAGGGAUGUCGCGGCGCCAGCAGUUCUGUUGAGUGGAUUUUUUUUACCGUUCUGUCUCAGGAAGUAGCUAGGGAUCAGAGAUUUAGAACUCAGGGUUGCAGGAUUGGUGUGUCGGAAUAGGGUCUCUGUUGGGUUGGACGUAGAGUUCACGGUGUUCUCAGCAGUGCGCAGGUCUCCUGGGGAUAAUCAGAAGGUUCAAGAGAAGAUCACCAGAGACCCUCAAUUUAUUUUUGGUUGGUGUUUCCGUUGACAACAUUAGAGCUCUUGUCUGUUAGUGACACCAAGGGAAGGAAGAAUCGAAUCGGAAUUGAAGGCUCUGUGAAAAGAGGGAAUUGUUUUGGCGAGUGGCUGGUUUAUCAACCCCUUCUCUGGUGGCGAGAAGGUGAAAUUGGAAAUUAUUUUUAUUAAUACAUUAUGGAAUAUCUUUUGGAAUCAUUGAAGCGAUAUAUAUUCAUGGUUUGGAGCUAUUUCCAUGGUCUUUUCAUGCAAAGAUCUUCAAGAACAAUGGAACAAUAUGAAAAAAAUUUAAAUAUGGAAGGUAUUUGUGGAGAUACUUGGAAAGGUUCUAAAGUCUAUGUUGAAGCAUUCAAGGUUUUAUUGAAGAAAAAUAACUUGUUGAACAGAAAUCAAUGUGCUAAUUUGUUUAAGAAAAUUGAACAUGUUACGAUGGUUUUUGACCACCUAAUGACUUGCACUAAUGAUGGAUUGGAAUUUGGACCUUUAUUGAGUGAGUUAUUUUUUGUUUUAAAUAAAUCUUAUUUUCUAGUAGAAAAUUGUGGAAAAGAAAAUUGGUGCAAAGAAGCUAUCUUCCAAUUAAAUAACAAAGACACUUUUAGAGAACUACUUUUGGAUUUAAAAUGUUGUUGUGAUAUAGCAAGUGAUGUUUUGAACCAUUAUCCCAACAAAGUUGAAAAGAAUACUUUUGCAACUUUUAAUGUUGCAACACAUGAUGAAGUGGAAGAGGAUGUUGAGUUUUUAUGGAAGAAAUUGAUUCAUGAAAUUGGAAAAGAAGAUUUUGAAUAUUAUGGAUUAGCAAAGCAUCUAUUACAAAGAUUUGAAGACUUGCUUUGCAUAGAAGGUGGAGAGUUGGAUAAUUUGAAAUUUUUGUCAGACAUGAAGAGUCUUACAAUUACAAAAUGCAUAAAUAAAGGAAAUUGUGGUGAAGUUUAUGAAUCAAAGUGGUUGGAACUUGUGUGUGCAACUAAAAAGAUGGAUGUUAAACUUGAUAAAAUUUUCAUCAAAGAAGUGAGCAUUCUAGGAAGUUUGAGCCAUCCUAACUUGAUAACAUAUUAUUUUGCAAUGAAAGGUAGUGCCAAUGGAAGCAUUGAGUCUAUUGUAACAAAAGACAAAAAAGAAUAUUUGUAUAUUGGAAUGGAGUUGAUGCAAAACAAUUUGAGCAAUAUGUUGGAAGAAGAAAAAGAAGUAUCUUAUAUUUUUCUUAUUGACAUUAUGCAUCAAAUUGCAAAAGGGAUGUGUUACUUACAUGACAUGCAUAUUGCACAUCGAGAUCUAAAACCUGAGAAUAUUUUGGUUGACAUUGUGGAGACGAAGAUUAUGAAUAAGAUUGUUCGACAUGCUAUUGUAAAAGUGAUUGACUUUGGAAUGUCCAAGAUUGAAGUUGGAAGAAAUCCAAAAGCCACAAAGAAUAAUUAUAUUUAUGGUAGUCUCAAAUAUAUGGCUCCAGAGGUAUUGAGAAAUAAAUUUCAAAAAAUAGAAAUAUGUCAUUUUGAAGUUGAUGUUUAUUCAUUUGCAAUGAUAUGUUCUAAGAUUCUUUCAAAAAAAGAUCCAUUUCAUGAUAUUUGUGAGAUGAAAGAGAUAUUAGAAUGAAUUAAAAAAGGUGAAAGACCAAACUUACCUUCAAAUUGUGAUGACUUGAUUGAGCUUAUCCAAGAAUGUUGGAGGUUGAAUUCUUUGCAUCGACCAAAGUUUGCAAAUAUUUGUGAAAGAUUGGAGUUAUUAAAGAAAAAGUAUUUAGCUGGAAUUGGUGUAGCAGAUGCUCCAAAGUUUGGAGCAUCAAAAAACAACUAUCAUCAAAAUAUAGAAUUUCAACAAAUACAUAUUGGAUUGCCAUUGGUUGAUAUAUUUGAGGAAGAAAUUGUUGGUAGAGCACAAUAUUUAUUACAAAUAAAACAACUAUGUGCAAAUGAAGUGAAGGCAUUGUAUCUUGUUGGAAUGGGCGGAAUAGGCAAGACCACAAUAGCUAAGGCUAUAUUAACUAGUGUAAAAGACAUGUAUAAUGCCUCAUGCUUUGUUGAGUGCAUUGAAAGUGGUGGUGAUUGCUAUACAACUUCUUGCAAUAUUUUGGAACAAUUUAAAGUCAAAUCAAAACCAAAGGAUAUAAAAGAAGCUCAAAAAAUGUUGAAAUCAUUCUUAGAAGAGAACAAAACUAUCUUGGUCUUUGAUGAUGUGAAGAAUCAAAAUCAAAUUGAAGAUGUUGUGCCUAUGGAUGACAUAUUUGCUAACAAUGGUAGUACAUUGAUUGCAACAACUCGAGAUUCAAAAGCAAUGAAGCAUUGUGGUAAAGAAGUUUAUAAAAUGAAUGUUGAAGAACUUGAUGAAGGAGCAAGUAUGAAGUUGUUUAUUACAUAUUCUUGUGGCCAAGAAAAUCUCCCCAAUGAACUUAACGAGAUUGCCAAAAAAAUUGUAAGAGCUUGCAAUGGCCUACCAUUGAGUUUGAAAGUUAUGGGAGCAUUUUUAAAAGAGAAUAAGAGAUUAAGAUGUUGGGAGCGAGCUUUACAAAAGUUAAAAAAGGGAAGAGAGUUGGAUGGAGAUGAAGACAAUAGUAACUACAAGAUUUGGAAGAUAUUAAGAGUGAGCUUUGAGAAUUUGAAAGUUAAAGAAAAGAAUAUGUUUUUGGACAUAUGUUGUUUUUUUUGUAGUGACAUGUGUCCACAAGGCAUGUCAAAAGAAAGAGCAUUGCGAAUAUGGACCAAUAGUCAAAAAAACAUCUUUGAACAAGAUGUAGAACUUAUGUUAGAUACAUUGAUUAACCAAUCAUUGGUUAAAGUAGACAAAGAUGGAAUUAUAAGAGUUCAUGAUCAACUACAAGACAUGGGUAAAAGUAUUGUUGAAAAGAAGAUGGAGUAUAAAUACACAAGAAUAUGGAAUUUAAAUGUAGAUCCAUUUCAUAGAUCAGCAAACAAGUUAGAAGGAUUAUUUUACAAUAAUAUAAAAAAUAAUAAUAUAAAUAAAAUAAGAAGUGCUUCUUUUUCAUCACUUCGAUUUUUGAGUUAUAAUGUUGGUGUUUCUACUUCCAAAAUUGUUGUAAAGAUAUUGAGCAUUUUCUUUGUAUUGAUAAAGUAUUCUCUUAGUUUAAAAUAUUUUUUACUAGAUAUGUCAGGGGAAUACGAAUUAAAUGAAGAAUUAGUACAUCAAGCAUUACAAAUUACAUAUGACAAAGAGAUUUGAACUAAACUUGAAAGUUUAAAUGUCUUUCAAUUAAGAAAUUAUUCUUUUGUAGAGAAAUUUCCAAAUUCAUUUUUUAAAAUUUCUACAUUAUUGGAACUUGACUUAGAAGGAUGCUCAAACUUAAUCAUGCUACCAAAUGAAAUAGAGUAUACGACUUCUUUGAAGAUACUUAAUUUAAAAUAUUAUAGAAGUUUAAGGUUAUUACCAACAUCAAUAAGAAGUCUUCAUGCUUUGAAAAACCUUAAUGUAGAAGGGUGCUCAAGCUUGACAUCAUUGCCAAAUGAAUUGGGCAACCUCACAUCUUUGACUACCUUGAAUAUAAGUGAUUGCUCAAGCUUGACAUCAUUGCCAAAUGAAUUGGGCAACCUCACAUCUUUGA